GGAAGUGUCGCAGAGAUGGAGUUGGGGGCAAAGGAGGGUGCGCAGGAAGAUGGGAUGGGGACGCCCCACUUAAGUUGUGUAGAUCUCUCCUACACUUCUUCAAGCUGGCAAAGAAAGAUAAAUAGAUAUAGACAAUAAAUUUAAAAUAAAGGCGCCUGUAUAUCUGUGCCAAAGCAAAGAGAAGACUUCUGAGGCUGCUGAUAAAGGUGUAUGAGAUCCUGAGGUUCUACCCCUCCCACCCAGGGACCACCUUCCCCAGGCUUCCCCUACCCCAGAUUUGGGGGGCAGAGUUGGCCAGUGGCAGAACGCUCCCCUUCCCUCCUUCCCUCCCUGUAUCUCAGCUUCCCCAGUCCCCUCCCACCCUCCCUCCCUCACCGCCCCUGCUGCUCCUGAAAGAAAUACAUACAUACACACUAUUUAAAAACGCAUUUUUAAAAGCCACGUUCCGAACUGACAAUCGCUGAUCUCGGCUCGCGCAGAGACUGCGGGAGCGUCGGGGCCGACAGAGACGGAUUACGUCAAGAAAUAGUUCCUCCACCUACCUCGGUCGGCCUCCCCGCCCCUGCGGGGCUCCCGCGCCCAGCUCGGCCCUGGGGGUCCGAGAACCCUGGCUUCGGGGACUGGCAUUUUCACCCCAUUAAAAAAUCCUCAUGGUUGGGGGGAGGCCAUCUGCUUAUGGGUGGACAUGGGCACAGGGGCUUCUCAGAUGAGCUAGGAGCCGUCCUGAGGGGGUGACCGGUGCCUUGGGUCCAGAGUUCCGGACCCCCAGGAAAUCGCAGGUCGCGGGGAGCAGCAGAGAGAAGGGGGUGGGAGAGGGGGAAAAAAGGCAAGGAAAAAAAAGCCCCUGCGCAUUGAUCCGCGCCGUAUUUUUGGGUAAAUACGAUCACGUGGGGGCCGGGGAGCCAAUGAGCUGCGGGGAAAAGGCUGGAAAAAUAAUUACCUGACUUGAUUGUUCUGUGAGCAGAUAAAAAGUACAUAUACAGUUCAUACAAUAAUCUUAUGUAUGUAAAACCCCGUUACGAUGUCGGCGACGGGGCCCAUCAGUAACUAUUACGUGGACUCGCUCAUCUCUCACGACAAUGAAGACCUCCUAGCGUCCAGGUUUCCGGCCACCGGGGCUCAUCCCGCCGCCGCCAGACCCAGCGGUUUGGUGCCGGACUGUAGCGAUUUUCCGUCCUGUAGCUUCGCGCCCAAGCCGGCAGUGUUCAGCACGUCGUGGGCGCCCGUGCCCUCGCAGUCGUCCGUGGUAUAUCACCCGUACGGCCCCCAGCCCCACCUCGGCGCCGACACGCGCUACAUGCGGACUUGGCUCGAGCCGCUGUCCGGCGCCGUCUCCUUCCCCAGCUUCCCGGCCGGGGGCCGUCACUACGCCCUCAAGCCGGACGCCUACCCCGGGCGCCGCGCGGACUGCGGCCCAGGGGAGGGCCGCAGCUACCCGGACUACAUGUACGGCUCGCCCGGGGAGCUGCGCGACCGCGCCCCGCAGACACUGCCCUCGCCCGAGGCGGACGCGCUCGCCGGCAGCAAGCACAAAGAGGAGAAGGCCGACCUGGACCCCAGCAACCCCGUGGCCAACUGGAUUCACGCCCGCUCCACGAGGAAGAAGCGCUGCCCCUACACCAAGUACCAGACGCUGGAACUGGAGAAGGAGUUUCUCUUCAAUAUGUAUUUAACCAGGGACCGUCGGUAUGAGGUGGCCCGGGUUCUCAAUCUCACCGAGCGGCAGGUCAAAAUCUGGUUUCAGAAUCGAAGGAUGAAGAUGAAAAAGAUGAAUAAAGAGAAAACCGACAAGGAGCAGUCCUAAACCCUACCCAGCCUGCUGCCUCAGCACAGCCAAGGGAAAAACAAAAACCCCACAAAAUACCCCAACACAGGCGGGGAAGAGACGAAAAAGAAAAGGAAAGAGCAAGAUAGACAAAAGCCAAUCAGCUUAAAAGGAAAAAAAAGGAAGGGGAAAAGAAAACUCUUGCGAUUUGGGAGGGUUCAGUGUUGAGAUAUUGGUGUUUUAGAGUUAGUUCUACCCAGCGAGGAGGAGGCGGGGAGAGAAACUGCGUUCUCUUUCCCCAGCGCAACCGAAAUAAAUGACACAUACAAAUGUGAUUUUUUUCCUCCUUUCUUCAGAGAAGCCAGUACUUGAAUCGCUAUAUUUCUAUUUUUUUUUUCCCUGUAUCGUAUUUGGUCCAGGUCAUCCCUCCCCGGGCCUGGGGCGCUCUGCGUGCAGAUUUUGUACAAAAAAAAAAAAAAAAGACACACACACAUACAUGAUAAUGAUUCCCAGCCCAGGAGCUGAGGGGCGAGGGCUGGGGACCAUGCCGCGGGCUGGGUCAGGCCCGUGCAGGCCGGCGCCUUGGGCUGUACAUAGUGUUCCCUCUCAUCCCCAGGGUUCGUCCCCAGCGUCCGUCCUGUAACGUGCUUCUGUUUGUUAUGGUAGAACAGCCCUGUGUUAAUAUAUUGAAGUCACUUAAAAAACCAGAAACCCAA